AUGGGCAUGGUACACGCAUCACCAAAUAAAAAGGAAGAACAAAAUGUAGUAACCAACGACGAGGAAUGUAUACCAUGCAGAGAACCGCAAGACAAAUCACCAGGAAAUCCAGGAAGCUUCGAAGAUCUUCACAAAAAGGUGAAAGACAUUUAUCCUCAAAACUUCGAAGGAGCACGUCUCAAUAUUAAUAAAGUACUCAGUGAACAUUUCAACGUGACACACUCCAUAACUCUCAGCUCUGUUACUCCGUCUGGAUACAAAUUUGGCGCAAAAUAUGUCGGUACAAAAAUGGUAGGCUUAAGCGAAAGAUACCCUGUAGCUAUAGGAGACAUUUCAUCAAACGGAAACUUGUCCGCCUCGUUCGUGCACACGCUAGGAUGUAGAUUACGAUACAAAUUAUCCGCGCAAGUUGCGGAUGGAAAAUACAAAGCGUCGAGUUCUAGCUUGGAAUAUCGUUCGAACGACUUCACAGUAGCGGUGACUCUAGCCAAUCCAAGAAUAAUGAUGAAACAAGGAACAGUGGUGUUGCACUUUUUACAAUCGAUAACAUCGAGGAUAGCAUUAGGAUGCGAGAUUGCAUGUCUUCGUGGCUCAAAAAUUCUAGGCGAUCAACAGACGGUCAUGUGCAUGGCCUUUAGAUACAGUACAGGGCCUAUAACGUUAUCAGGAACAUUAGGUGAAGCGGGUCUUCAUCUUUGUUAUCAUCGUAAAGCCAGCUCGCAAUUAGAGCUUGGUGUUGAGUUAGAAACAAACACGAGAACUCAUCAUUCGAUCGCUACCAUAGUUUAUCAAGUGAAUGUGCCGUACGCUGAUCUUAUUUUCCGAGGCAUCGUAAAUUCUGAGAGUACAGUCGGUGGCUUAUUCGAGAAGAAAUUGUAUCCCAUCCCACAAUCCUCGUUGAUUAUCAGUGGACUUUUAAACCACAAUAAACAGCAAUUUCGUGUGGGCAUUGGUCUCAAUAUCGGGCAAUGA